GACCUGCGGCCGGCGCGCUUGACGCUGUGCACCGCCGGUGGGUGCGACAAGACUUCAGGAUGCGAAGGAAAGUUUUCCUCCAGGAGGUCGCAAAACUUGCAGCGGAUGGGCCGGUCCACAAGCUUGAGAUCCGGCGGAACCGCUGUUUCAAAGACUCCGUCGCUAUCUUUGCUGGCAAGGGACACGCCGUGUGGCGGCAACCGCUGAAGGUGACCUUCAUUGGGGAAGCCGGCAUGGACAGUGGGGGUGUGACACGCGAGUGGUUUUCCACGCUCUCCUCGGCCAUCUCCCGCGGCUCCCCCGAGCUGUUCUACACGGCGGGGCCGCAGCGAAAUCAACUGUACGUGACGCCCACCUCGUCCUCGCCCGCGCAUCUUAAGAAGUUCGCUUUUGUGGGGCUCUUCAUGGCCAAGGCCAUUCUGGAGAGCGCCGCACGCGGCAAGGAGCUGGGGCCAAUUACGCUCAACCUGCCGCUGUGCGAGCCGUUUUGGAAGCUUUUGCUCGGCAACCCCCUGAGCUUAGUGGACCUGCAACAAUUGGACCCCACUGAGUUCCGGUCGCUCAUGUCUAUUCUAUCCAUGGACAUUGACGGUCUGAUCUUCGAGAACUUCGUGUGGUCAUUCCAGCACCCCAAUGCAGCAGCGGGCGGCGCUAACCAGGUGGCAACGGCCCUCGCGGGGGCGGGCGCAGGCAUGUUGUCGCAAGCUCCCAGCACCGUGCCCGACGCGGAGGCCUCCACGCCGACCAAUUCCAAUACGCUAGCGGCGUCAACUGCUGGUGCAGCGGCCUCACCCUUCGCGUGCUGCGACAAUGACGACGUGUCCGCCAACGCCAUCCCUCUGAAGCCUGGUGGCAAGCACAUUAAAGUAACCAACUCCACUAAGCGCGAGUACGUGCUGUUGAAAGCCCAUAAGAUGCUGGUGGGCGCAGUGGAAGCCCAGAUGAGUGCACUAAUCGACGCCUUCCACUCGCUCAUCCCGCGUGAUUUGCUGGACAAGUACGCGUUCAGCAGCCUGGAGAUGCAGCUGCUAGUUUGCGGGGAGCAGCGCAUCGACAUCCAAGACCUGAAACGACACUGCAAGUACGAGGACGGCUACACGGGCAAGGAGGAUAUCAUUUCGUGGUUCUGGGAAGUGGCCGAGUCGUUCGACGACGUGCAGCGCCGCCAGCUGUUGCAGUUUUGGUCGGGCUCAGAUGGCAUGCCUGCAGAGGGCUUUGGUUCUAUGGAUCCCGCUUUCCAUAUGGUGGCUGUGGAACGCAUGUAUGACCCCAAUGAUACAACCGCUCGCCUGCCGGCCGCGCACACCUGCUUCCGGCAGCUUGACCUCCCACGCUACGUGUCGCGGGAGGAAUUGCGCGAAAAAAUCUUCUGCGCCAUUACCAUUGGUCAGGGUUAUAUGGCACUGUCCUGA